AUGGCUCUGGCGAUUUUGGCAGAUUAUAGCACAAAGCCACAAAAACAAACAGCGUCAAAACAAAACACCACAGGGUCGAUGCCGAUGGCGGCACAACGAAUGGCUUCAACUAGUUCAUCUGUUUUAACGGCCCAUACAUCAACAUCAUGGAACAGAAUACGCAAAGGCGAUAGACCGUCGAAGUCGAACGAAAAUACCGCGAUGCGUGAGCGGGGUCGCGGGGAAGGUAGCCGCUUCUAG